UUAGAGUAACACAUCCGCUGAGCAAAGCCUCUGAAGAGGAGCCGUUUUAAAAUGCGCGAUCAUUCAGAUGAGGUAGUAGGAGGCAGAAACUGAGGCAUAUGGGAAGUCUUUAAAAUAGACAGUGAGUUGGCCCUCUGAACUUCAUGUUGUGUUUAGUUAAAGGAAGGAGAUGUGUCUGAGAUGAAAGAAAAGUUUUGAGGUGUUGAAACAUAAUUUUCUGAUGGCGUCUGCUUCUGGUAGCAUAGAGAAGGAUAAGCCACCAACACUGCCUGUCAAACAGCACAGGCGGUCCAGCAUGGAGUCCGACUCUGUGUUCAGCCCCGCUGGACUUCAGCAUCACAGCUUUGGAUACAGCAACGUCUUCUCUGAACCCACCGACUGUCAUGCAGCCCAGUGUCCCAUCCACCAUCGCUACGAUCCCUUCAAACACCAGAUGAGAUUUUUCUCUGAUGGAACACCACCCCCUGUUCCAAAGAAGAGGCUAACCCGGACCCUCUCCCUUCCUGGUAUCGAUCCCCCGGCACCCUGUUCCCUCUCUCCGCUCUCUCCUCUGCAAAGACGUCCUCAGAACCUUGACAACCCCAUCUAUAUGAUGGCACCGAUACCUGAUACUUUCAUCUAUGAGGACACUGAACACUUUAAACCAGCCAAAAGAAGCCCUGCUUCCUUACCGACCCUCUCCCAGCUGUCUUUUGAUACCCCAGACGAACACCUAGCCUCUAUCUUUGAUAACUUUGAAGACCAGAGUGUUGUCUCUGGGCGGAUUCAGCAUUGUCAGCAGUUCUUCCUUCGAAGCAUGGCCCAGAGCAUUGAGGACCGCAGGAUCCUACAGGGGAAAGAGAGGGAUUCCGACCCAUAUGAGCCUGAGGAUUUCCUGCUGUAUGAGGGCAGCAAGCCAAAGAUGAUCGGAGACAAGACCUACUACAGCCUGCAGAGCCCAAAGUUUCCUGGGAGGGUGCUUGGUUUGAGGGUAUGCAAAGAGACAAAGCCGGCUCCCUCAGCUCGUAACAAUGAGCCGCUGCAUGCAAAUGUGCAAGAUGUCAUCACUUAUUUUCAGCCAAGCAUAAACAGGGAAAACGAGACCACCACAAUGCAAGAUCUUUCCUCCUCUGCAGAGUCAGACUGCAGGGCUCCUAAUCCAUCAGACGGGGGCAGCACUGAGAAAGCUUCUUAUUGUCCCAGCACAACUCUCACAGUUAAGUCUCUCCUGCAGAGAGGACACUGUGUGACCAUUGAACGUGAUCUGCCACACGCCACUCUGGAGGACUUUGUUCAGGACAGCUGCUCAGUGCAGCACCGCGAAUGUCAGGAUUACGACAGACAGGUGUGUGUUCUGCUACUGCAGGUCGUAAUGGCCUCACACCAUCUGUACAGCAACCGUGCCGCUGCAGCUGAGCUCAGACCCAGAGAGAUCCUUCUGGUUUGGCCCAGCAGGGAGAGAUACAACAGUGGAGAUGUGCUAGAAGGGGAUGGUCAAAGAGGUUGGGUCCAAGAGUUAUGGAGAAAAUAUGGCUCUCCCUGUGUGCUAGUAACACCACAAUCUGCUCUUUUGGCCCCUCAACCUCUGACCUCCAUUAAAUGCCAAAUGGGAGCCCUAAUUCAGUUCUGCCUGGGCCCACAGGAAGGCCCCAGAGAACCAACUCUGUCCAUAUUCCGAAGAGGGCUUCUUCAUUUGACCUCCCUGCUUCAAAGUGAGACCGGCCCCCAGAUGACAGACAUAAUGGCCAUGCUUCAGGUACUCCUCUGGGGCCCUCGGGUCACCUUCAACAACACGGCCUCUUCUUUGGUCACAGCUGUGCAGAACUGGCUCACUGUCAAGCAAGCUCUGCUGGUGAUGAAGCUGGCAGAGGCGAGACUGAUUCAGGAUCAGUCUAGUCUGGACUGGGAGGACUACAUGUGCUUAAAAUAUCUGCCAUUCACUGAUUCUGAAACAGUAGUGGGUGUGGCCACACACCUUUGCAACAUCCUGAGCUGAGUUUAUCAUCAAGAUACUUUUAGAACGUGGACAAAAUACUGGCAGAAAGGACCAGGUUGAUCCUUGCUUUAGUUCCAGUCUUCAUAUUGACGUAAACGGGUCUGAUAAAGUUCUGAACCUAUUAAAAUAAUGAAAACUUGCUUUCUUUAUAAACCUUUGAACCAAAGAGAUGGGAUCCUCUAAUACACAGGCCUGUCACAGUGAUCUCAUGUAAUUCAUAUCUACUUUACAUUUCUUCUCAUCAAUGUUUCAACAGAAAUGCUGUUACAAUACAAACAAUUUCCUCCUUAAAUGUCUUGGAGAUAAUUGUGCUACUGUCUCUAGUUUGUUAUACUUGAAGGUAGCUACAGUACCAAGUCAGCGUUUCGUUAUAAUAAAACAAAGACAUUUAAAUUAAGGUGAAUUUUGUCUAAUCCACACGAAGUCAAAGGUAUACAGACACCUCCACAAAUAUGGAGAGGAACCACACCCGUUUUGUAGCCAUCGACGAGCUUCUGGUAUAUUCCUGGCUGGACAUUUUAACAUUCUUGUCAUAAAUCAUUUAAAUCGGUUGGCUUCCUGACAGAGACAUGGAUUUUAAAGAGUUCACAAAUAUUCAGUUGUGUUGAGGUCUGUCUCACACUAGAAGCUUAAUAUCAGCAGAAAACCAGUUGUGUCCAGGUGUCAGACAUCUGAUCCAAACUGUCACCCUAAGAGAACAUAAAAUGGGUUAGAACCUUUAAAGAGCAACCCAGGAACCACCUCAAGGCUUCCAUAAACUUCAAGAUCCUGGAACACAAGUCCCUAGCUUUCAAAUCUAAGCACUGUCAAGCACGAUGGUGGUAGCAUCAUGCUGUGGGUGACAAAAGAAUAUUGUCUUUUCGGGUGCUCCCUCAUGCAGGGGUCGCCACAGCAGGUCAGUACAUCUCACAAAGGCUUUUAUACUAGAUGCUCUUCAUGCAACCUGUUUAAUAUUUUGUGAACCAUGCUUGAAAGCUAGGUGUCUUGCCAGGAAACCAACCCGUUUAAAUGGACUCUACCAUUUCUGAUAAGAAGAACAGUUAAAAAUCCAGCCGGAGGACUGUUGAUGUCUAGAAAAGGCGUUUGGCUUCUCUGCAGUUUGCUAUAGAGCAUUUAACCAACUAUUAGCACAGUGUACAAAUAGAAAAGCCUGUAAGCGUAGUUUUGACCCUGUUUGGAUUAGGAAACAUUAAAACUUCUUAAAAUUGAUUGUAAAAUUCAAGUGUUCAAAGCUGAAAGUGAUAAAAUUCCUGCCCAUGAGUGCAAAUUGUAGUGUAAAUAACGCAACGUUUAAAUAUUAAACAUAUUGUGUUACAUUUAGUCCCAAACUACUUUUUUUUUUUUUUUUUUUUACACAUCUAAAACAUCUCCCUGCUUCCAGUUUCACAUUACAAAACCACAGCAACUGACAUGAUCAAUACCCCUACCCUCACACUGCACAGUACGGUCUAAAAACCUUGAUUCAUUCAAGCUUUCACCCAAUUAACCUGAAGACCACACGUUAUAAGGUGAGCACUUUUAUUUAGUAGUUACAACAUGCAGAUCUGUACUAAGUGGAUCAAAACAAAUUAAAACCAUGCACACAUUAAAAAAAAAAAAUUAACAGGAAAAUCAACUGCUAAUUACUAUCAAAACAUCUACCUACAUGAGUACGAUUUCAAUUUAUCUUAAAUAUACUGUGGAGAUAGUCAGGGGUAGGUUGAACAAGAACAUUACGGUUUAAAUGGUGGUGAGGAUGUAAUGCCCAGAUAUCAUGCAGGCUUCUGCUUUACAUUCCUGCUCUAUUUAACAUCUUAACUCUAGUGCAACUCUUACUGAAACACAGCACGGAGCAGGUAAAGGCAAAU